AUGGCUCAAAAACGUGUCUUCAGUAAAAUCGAAGUGGAAAAGUUCGAAUCGGAACCAUCAAUUGCGGUGGGGUCCUUCUUCAAAGGUAUUCAAGUCCCCAAGAAGACCAAAUUCGAGCUUUACAGGUCGAAAUCCACUCCUGAUAAGUUUUUAGUUCAUGGAGAAAACGAUCGGAUUGAGUACUCUGGAAGUACCGAUGAGGACUCUAGUGAAAGUAGUCAAUACUUAGUUGGCAUAUACGAUCCUGCCAAGCGCAACAUACAGCUGUAUAAAGCACCCGUCUUGGCAACAAAAGUAGCUUCUAAAGCAACUAAGGAUCUGUCGGGGCCUGAAAUCAAACAAACUGAACGUCGGUCCGCUGCUUUGAGAAACGCAUUGGGUGAGGCAUUUGGUACUAAGAAGGCUAAAAAGGCCAUUGCCGACAUUGAGCGCAAUAGAAUAGACUCUGACAAGUUGGUGGACUCGGCAAUCGAUAUUAUGGAUUCUGUGAAAACAGCGUCUAAGGCUUUACCUUCGAGAGAAGAGCUUCAACAAGUCUCGUCACAGGAUAGAACUACGCCUCAAGCCAACGUCAAUGCUACCGACGUGGAACAAAUCUACCCUAUUCACAAUAUAAUACCGAAGAAGGAAAUGCAAUACAUUCGUGUGGGCGCCGUGCUUAAAGAAACAGAUGAGGCUGCCAGACUUGAGCUUUUUCCUUAUACCAAGUCUCCUUACGUCUCAAAGAAGCUAGCCACGCUAUCACAGACUGAACAAAUGACCAAACUACAACUUUUAUACUACCUGUCGCUCCUACUCGGUGUUUUUGAAAACAAAAGAAUUAGCGACAAGGCCAAGUUACUCGAAAACCUGAACGCUCCUCCCGACGCACUAGUUGAUGGCAUUCUAGACAGAUUCACCAUCGGAAGGCCAGGCCAAUAUGGUCGUUCUAAGGAACGUGGCUUCUUUAUUGACCCGCAAAGAGAAGAUAAACUUCUGUGUUAUAUUUUAGCCAUCAUUUUGCAUUUGGAUAAUUUCAUUGUGGAAAUUUCGCCUUUGGCUCAAGAAUUAGGUCUUAAACCUUCCAAAAUAGUAAAUCUAUUCAAAAACCUUGGUGCAAUCGUCAAAGGUUCUACUGUCGCUCAAGCAGAAGCCUUCGGCGUACCAAAGAGUGCAGCAUCAACGUACAAGGUCGCUACGAUGAGAGUUCCUUUUAAGAUUCCAGAAAUGGGUAGAAGAAUUAGAGCCGGAAGACGCUGA